AUGCCGGCCUUGGCGUGUUGUGUUGAUGCGGCACCUCUACCAUGUCCCGCCUUUGCAUUCACCGGGGGCCUCUCUUUUCCAGCACCGAUCACCUUUCCAGCUGCCGCACCUCCCUUCACAACCGGCGAGAUCAAUUCCCAUUGGUCUCCAUCCAUGUCGGCGGAGCUCUAUAACAUCAACGGGUGGGGGGGUGCUCCGUAUUUUACGGUGAACUCCUCCGGGAACGUGGCGGUGUGCCCCCACGGCUCCGCAACGCUGGGUCACCAGGAGAUUGAUCUGCUCAAGAUCGUGAAGAAAGCCACCGACUCCAUCUCAUGUGGCGGUCUCGGCCUACAGCUGCCUCUCAUGGUUCGCUUCCCUGAUAUCCUCAAGCACCGCCUCGAAUCCCUUCAAUCGGCCUUCGACUACGCGAUCCAGUCUGGCGGAUACGGCUCUCUCUAUCAGGGGGUCUACCCGGUGAAGUGCAAUCAGGACCAGUUCAUCGUGGAGGACAUCGUGAAAUUCGGUUCAUUGUUCCGGUUCGGUUUGGAGGCUGGGUCGAAGCCAGAGCUGUUGUUGGCUAUGAGCUGUUUGUGCAAAGGCAGCGCAGAAGGUCUUCUUGUUUGCAACGGAUUCAAAGACGCAGAGUACAUUUCCCUUGCGUUGGUUGCAAGGAAGCUUGCCUUGAACACCGUGAUUGUUCUGGAGCAAGAGGAAGAGCUUGACAUGAUCAUCGAUCUCAGCAAAAAGCUAUGCAUCAGACCAGUGAUUGGCUUCCGGGCCAAGCUGAGGACCAAGCAUUCGGGCACUUUGGGUCACUUCGGGAGAGAAGGCAAGUUUGGGUUAACCACCGCUCAGAUUGUGAGGGUUGUGAAGAAGCUUCAAAUCUUGGGCAUGCUUGAUUGCCUGCAGUUGUUGCACUUUCACAUUGGCUCUAUGAUCCCAUCCACUUCACUCCUUGCCGAUGGAGUUUCGGAGGCUGCACAGAUAUACUGUGAGCUGGUUCGUAUGGGAGCUAACAUGAGAGUCAUAGACAUCGGAGGAGGCCUUGGCAUUGAUUAUAAUGGCUCCAAAUCCAGCGACUCAGACGUGUCUGUUGGGUACGGCCUUGAAAAGUCAUCCAUGAAGACUUCCAGAAAUUUUUCCACCAUAUCAGAAAAAAUUGAGAGCAUGCACCGGUAA